AAUGUAUGCAUAAUAUGUUGCCAUAAUGCAAAAUUUAAUAUGCUCAAAAGUGGAUUGCAAAAAAGUUGCAAAUUUUAGAUGUCCUACUUGCUUAAAACUCGGAAUUUCAGAUGGAGUCCACUUUUGUUCACAGGAUUGCUUUCGCCAAUCAUGGGACUCACACAAGUUACAGCACAAACAGGCAAGAUCAGUAGAAAAUAUUAAAGAAAACAAUUCCCAUUAUACUUACUCAGGAUUAUUAAGACCUUUCCCUUAUACCCCUAAAAGAAUUGUUCCAGAUACAAUUGUUAAACCUGACUAUGCAACUCACCCAGAAGGUGUCUCCUUUAGUGAAAAUCGUUCAAAAUCUUCAGGGGUGAUUGAAGUCUUGAACAAAGAAGAAAUUACUAAAUUGAAGAAAGCAUGCAAACUAGGUAGGGAGGUUUUAGAUGUGGCAGCCAAAGCCAUCAAAGUUGGAAUCACUACUGACGAAAUCGAUCGACUAGUACACCAGGCAUGUAUAGAAAGAGAUUGUUAUCCUUCCCCUUUGAACUAUUACAAAUAUCCCAAAUCUUGUUGCACAUCAGUAAAUGAAAUCAUAUGCCAUGGUAUACCUGAUGAAAGACCUUUAGAAGAUGGUGACAUAGUAAAUGUUGACAUAACGGUAUAUCACGAUGGUUUUCAUGGCGACUUGAACGAGACAUUUUUUGUGGGAAAUGUUGACGAAGCUAGCAAAAAACUGGUUAAAGUUACGUACGAAUGUUUGAGCAAAGCUAUAGAACUAGUCAAGCCCGGUGUUAAAUAUAGAGACAUUGGGAACGUUAUACAAAAAAUAGCUAAUCAAAAUGGUGUUUCGGUCGUUAAAAGUUUCUGCGGACAUGGAAUACACAAAGUUUUUCAUACAUUACCCAACGUGCCUCAUUACGCAAAAAAUAAAACGACGGGUGUUAUGCAACCUGGCCAUUCCUUCACCAUAGAACCCAUGAUUAAUCAAGGCACUUGGAGGGACAUUAUUUGGCCAGAUGAAUGGACGGCCGCCACUCAAGAUGGUAAAAGGAGUGCACAGUUUGAACAUACGUUAUUAGUAACUGAAACGGGUUGUGAAAUUUUAACCAUUCGUAAUGACCCUGUUUUUAAAUCUCAACCACAUUUUAUGGAUAAUUUAUGAAAUAGAAAACGUAUCUCAUUUAUUAAAUAUUGAACACAGAUUAUAAAAAAAAUUAAUUUUUAUAGUUUGUAACAUUAAUUGGAUUCUAAAAAAAACUUAUUUUUGUG